UUCCACGUGAUUAUGUAACUUCCGAUAUGGCGCUGUCAGCGUCGCCUUCGUUUCCUUUUGUCACUGUGCUGCAAGCGCGGUGAGGUGUGUGUCCAAUAGUUUCCACAGGAUAUAAGAUAUUAACAAUGUUCUCAUCCUUAAUGGAAACGGCGCGGAAUUCGCCAUUCCGUGGUCCACUCUCACCAGCCAACUGCGAGCCGGCCAUUGCUGCACCAAUGGAACAGGGUGGCAUGGCGGCGUCCGUUGCCCAGGGGGACUCAUGCGAGUUCGGCUCCACUAAAUACUUCGCGCUGUGCGGUUUGGGCGGCAUCCUGUCUUGCGGUAUCACACACACGGCUGUCGUGCCCCUCGACCUGGUGAAGUGCCGGCUGCAAGUGGACCCUGAUAAGUACAAGAAUGUCGUGAACGGGUUCAAGGUGUCCGUCCGCGAGGAGGGCAUGCGGGGCCUCGCCAAGGGGUGGGCGCCCACCUUCAUCGGCUACUCGCUGCAGGGUCUCUGCAAGUUCGGUCUCUAUGAAGUAUUCAAGGUUGCCUACUCAGGCAUGCUCGAUGAGGAAGCUGCAUAUACGUACAGGACCGGUGUGUACCUGGCUGCGUCAGCGUCGGCCGAGUUCUUCGCCGAUAUUGCCCUAUCGCCCUUGGAGGCCGCUAAGGUGCGAAUUCAAACGAUGCCCGGUUUCGCGUCCACGCUGCGCGAGGCGUGGCCGAAGAUGGUGCAGAACGAGGGUUACGGCACUUUCUACAAGGGGCUGGUGCCGCUGUGGGGCAGACAGAUCCCGUACACCAUGAUGAAGUUCGCCUGCUUCGAGAAGACCCUCGAACUGUUGUAUAAGUACGUGGUGCCGAAGCCGCGCGACCAGUGCAGCAAGGGCGAACAGCUGGUGGUGACGUUCGCGGCCGGUUAUAUUGCGGGUGUGUUCUGCGCGAUCGUCUCGCACCCGGCGGACACCGUCGUCUCCAAGCUCAACCAGGACAAGACAGCAACAGUCGGUUCGAUCAUUGGCAAACUCGGCUGGGCCGGAGUGUGGAAGGGUCUCGGCCCCAGGAUUGUCAUGAUCGGUACCCUCACCGCCCUGCAGUGGUUCAUCUAUGAUGCGGUCAAGGUAUGGCUCAGGAUGCCCAGACCGCCACCAGCCGAGAUGCCAGAGUCUAUGCGCAAAAGGCUCGAAGCGGAGGAAGCUGCGAAAUCUAAAUAGGCAAUCAACAACAAUUUAGGCGAUAUUUAUUUGACCUUAUUAUGUAUGGCGUUUCAAAUUCCACUGCCAUUUACACACUACAAUUCUGUCGCUCGUUUAUUUCGUGUCAUUGUUUCAAUAAGGCAUAAUGCAGUUGUAUAGUAAAUAUUGCAAUGUUACACGCCAUUGUAAUUAUGUCGGAUAGUUGUAGUUAGUGGUUAGGGGUUGAGUGUUUGAAGCCUCACUGGCAUGUUGUUCCGCGCUCCGCCACUUAUAUAUUAUGUAUUAUUGUGAUCCAUAAGUAUGAAAUCGUGUAAUUUAUUUUUCAUUUAAAUAAAAAAUAUUUUUAUUUA